AUGGGGAACGAAAUCAGGAGUGGACCAGGGGCCCCAAGUAGCUUAGACGCGUGCAGAAAUGAUCCGAUUAUCCAAAGUACACUGCAAAACUGGCCUAUCCAAGCUGAAGAAACUCUUCAGGGUCAGGGAGAUGUUGGUUUCUUUCCCAGAGGCUCGACGUUUACAGGAAAGCUUACUCCAAUUAAUGCUCCUCGCAGUGGUGCCAACUCGCCCACCCACGAAUUUUCCUACAGCCUUAACAUAGAUGGAGAUCGCCCACUGCGACCGCGUGUAAUAAGUAUAAUGAUCGAGUCCAAUGGUCGGUUUAUCCAGCUAAGGAGACUGACGACUGAGCUCACCCAAUCAGGAACAAUUCCUGUCAACGCAGCCCAGGUCGCAUCCAUCCGGGCUGGAAAAAUCCUUUUCAGAUUCAACAUCAACCUCGGCAUUAUCAUCUCAGAUUUUGACGUAGAAUUGAAACCAGUUGGUCGGAUGUACACCUCCACACCUGGGAAUUACAACCUUGAGGGCUGGCUACAAGGACCAGAGUACAGUAGCGGAGAUAUGACUACCCGAACAGCAGUCACACCGUCCGGGUUCUGUGCAGCUCCCAUGAUUGCUAUAGAGGUGGCGCUUGAAGGAAACGACGGAGCCUUGAAUGGCCUGUUGGCAUAUUCUCAGUUAGAAGACAAGCUGUUUGUACAAGGAGUUCUACCUUCCAGGUCGCCGAGUACCGUCUGGAACUUAUUCUUCAGAAGUUUUAUUUCAACAGAUAAUCUUCGUUUCCCGGUCACUCAGAUCAACAACGAUGUGGUGGAUGGCAUUAUAGACCUUUCAAAUGCAGAUGGAAUCACGGGACCAUUCCUUGUUCGCGCCAAUGCCAAUACGAAUGGUGUGGCGUCAAACAUAGAACAAAAAACAACGGAAAUAAAGACGGCCUUACCGUAUCUGAAGAGUACUUCAACCAUCAAAAUAGAGACGAGUGUUUAUCCAACGGCUUUAAAACUGUUACAAGUAUGA